UCAGCUCGUUUCAUUUCUAGCUUGUUUUGUUGGGUUUUUUUUUUUUUUUCUGCGAAGCGUGGAAAGUUCCCUCUGAAACCACAAAGUUUUAUUUAUUUGUGUGUAAUUAAAAAGUCAGAACCUAUAGUCCAUAAUGUUGUCAGAAAUAAUAAGAGAAAAUUAAGAACUUGGCAUCCGUACUGAAAAGUAAAUAGAAGAGUGCAUGAGAGGCAUCGUUAUUUACUACAGACAGUUGAGACAAGAACUAUAUUGCUCGUAGAAACGUGCGUAAGUAUUGUAUAUCAAUCACAAGACAUGGAGACUGUUUCAGACCACUUGGAGCUGCCACCUGGGUGGAUAAUGCAAAAGUCAAAAACUUACCCUGAUCGAGUGUAUUACUUUAAUACCCUCACUGGGGUUUCAUCUUGGGCGUUUCCAGGAGCAGCAUGCAGUGAUUCAGAUGAAAAAGCAGUGUCAACAGGCAAAAACAAGUCAAAACCAAUCAGUUCUAAGAAACUGAGAACACCAGAAAAGCACGAAACCAAGGUUUUAGACUUAAGAACACGACAGAAUAGCAACGAGAAACAGCAACAAAAAGAUAUUUUAUUGGCUGCUGAUUCUAAGUCCCAUACCAGUACGGUUGUUGGUCGUCUAAAAAUGGCUAAAAAAAGCUCCAAACUUCUGUUAGAAAAUUGUACAAGAGAGCAAAACAAGACACAAAUGUGGUCUACUGGGUGUCCCAAGUUAACCAACACAGAAAAAGAUCGAACAUGUGAAAGAGUAGCAAAAGAAGAUAUUUCACAUACAUUAGCUGGUGAUGAGGGUUCUUUAGAACAGAAUAAAUUGGGACAUUUGGCUGUUCCUGUAGCAACAGAUUUUAGAAAGACAGUUGAUUCUUCUCUUUCUAGUAAAAUGAUCUUCUCAGACACAUCUUUUAAGAUAUUGAAUCCUGACUGUAAAUUAAAAAAUGAUAAUUUGAAUAGCAAUAAAAAGAGGAAAAAAAGAAAGAAAAAGGGGAUUCAUAUCUCUUGUAAUGAAACUGAUGAUAAACAAGUUGCAUCAAAACUUUCUAAAUCUGGUAAUAAGCAGUCUUUAGAAGGCAUUUGUUCCACAAACUUCAAAAAGCAAAACUCCUCUCUAUGUGAGAAUUCUUUACAUAAAGUAUGUGAUUCUAGCAAACAUUUAAAGAAAGAAAGAAGGAAACAAUCCAAGAAAUCUGUAUGCCCAAAAAGCAAGAUACAGCAAUGUUCAGCUGACAGUCAAAAGAAAGUUUCAGGGAUCUCUUCUGACAGACAUUUGAGGACUGAACAUCUAAGUGCUGUUAGCAGAGCUGUCACACAAGGUGCUGAUGUGCUCUCAGGUUCAGCAGUUAGUGUUCCAACUUCAGAGUUAGAACCAUCAUAUCCUGUUGCAUUGGCCAUGGAAGUAGAGUAUGAUGAAGAUGACAAUGAUGUUGUUAUGUUCGACAUACAAGAAAUUCAGGAGCAUAUUCGGAUGCUAAAUCCAGCAGUUAAUCAGGUAAUGGGCAUGCUGACAGAGACUGUUCAGAAAGCUUCCACACUCCAAACACCUUCACCUUUGACUCCUCAUCCAGACAAUCGGGCAACUUUCAUCAUUAUUGACACAAAUGUUCUCAUUCAAUCACUUGGUUUCGUAAAAAACUUGCGAGACUUGACAGUUAAAGAGUGGGGUCAGCAACAUCUGGUCAUACCCUGGGUGGUGCUGCAAGAACUCGACUCCUUAAAGGAAAAUAAGUACAAAAUGGCAUUGGGAGAAUCAGUUCAAGCUAAAGCUCGAGAAGCUGUACGCUAUCUACAUUCUUGUCUGAUCUCUGCACAUCCGAGGGUCACAGGGCAAACUCCUGCUGAUGCUUACCAGGUGUGUCAGGGUUCAGGAUUUGUGAUGGUAAACAAUGAUGACAGAAUCAUUAACUGCUGUCUUCAGUAUCAGCAGAAAUAUCCUCAGUCAGCUGUGCAGCUGCUGACAGAGGACAAAAAUCUUCAGAACAAAGCCAUGGUCAUAGGUCUGCAUUGUUCCAAUGUUAAGACACUUCACUGCAAGCUUAAAGAUAACAAAGCAUUUAAAGUAAUUGAUAUAGGUGAGCUAAUUUCUGUGCCCAAGUCUGCAUUUAUCUUGGACAAUGCCGAACAACAUGCAAAAAAUUCUGAGUCUCAUUUACCAGAUUAUGACAGUGAGAGAGACCUAGUUAUGACACAAGAAGAGGAAUUUUACAAACAAAGGAAUCAAUAAUAAAGGAGAUUUUACUUUCUUCCAAAACUACUCCAUGCGUUUUGGAGGAAAAAGCUAAUGCUGCUAAGACAGCCAUGGACAGGUUUGAGGCAGUGUGGAGCACCAUUAACAAUGGUUGUUCCAUGGCUGAGGAGAAAGUUAAAGGGCAGCUCACUCCAGAGGAAAAGACUGCUUUUAGAGAAACCAUCUUGAAUUUCAUCCCUCUUUUGAAGCAGCUGUAUUCACAGUUUGAUCAAUGUCUUACAUUCUCACCCGUCAGUCUUGAAAACCAUACACUUGAAUUUCAUCAGUUUUGCACCUCCCUGAACAAGUUUUUUGCUCAAGCCAAAAUUCCUGCUCCAUAUAUUGCUGAUAUCUCAGCCAGCCAGAUGAUUGCCCUUAUGUCACAAGGGAAAAACAGAGUGACGCUUGGUGAAGGACUAAAGCAGCUGGCUGACUUCAUCACUAGACUUGAAAACAUUUGGUCCUGCCUGCAAGUCUGAGAUCGUUCUUGAGCAUGCUGUUCUUUGCUUGUGGCAUCUGCUUACAGGGCUGGCUGCUUUGCCAUUGCUGGCUCGGCAUAAAACACCAAUUCUUCCUCUUAUGCAAGUCUGAGAAUGGAAAGCAUCUCAAUCAGAUGCUGCUUCCUGAUAAGAUCAAGAUUUAUGACAGCAUAUUAAAUCCAGGCAUAGACGUGCCAAAGCGUCAGUGGUGGAAGGGUGACAGUGAUUAUUGAUGUCAAAGGAUAAUCACUCAUUUGUCAGUCAUUUCCUUUUCAGGAUAAGUGCGUGACAGGUUGAUUUCAGCUUGUGUCAUAGUCACUUGUGAAUGACAAGUGCACAUUAUUUUGUUAGAAGUAGCUGCUCAGCAGAGCAGGAUUCAGGUCUGAUUGUUAAUCACUCAGUCACUAAGGAGCCAUUCCAUUUUGAAAGUUUCAAAUUUGCUGUUAACAGGUGACCACUACUGUCAAAGAAGUUCUGAUCUGUUAAUGUAAUCAGAAAGUUUAGUAAAUGUUGUGGGGACAGGGGCAGUGUGUUUGCGUGUCUGCAACUCUACAUUAUGUGCAUGUAUGGCACAUUUAAUCUUGUGAGAAUGGUCAGCUGCUAGUUUGUUCUCAGACACCAAUAUUAGCUGUGGAGAGGUGUUUUGAUCUGAUUUUUUUUUAAUCUAUAAUUUUUUUCUUAAGUUUCACUCUUAUCUGGACAAGUGCUCCAUUAAGUACUCCCACUCAUAAGAAGCAGCUUUUGACCAUAAUCAGUUUAGCUCAGGGACAUCAUCGCAUGUGAUUCUAGGUAGAUUUUAGCCUGCAGCAAUAUGCAAAUUGCUAGAAGUUUUGUUUUUCCUUUACCAUGGGCAUAUCUCUGGAUUGCUCGCACAAAUUUUGGAAUGAGUCCAAACCACAAAUUCAUUUCUGGUUUAACAUCAUCAAGAAAAAGAGCAGACUAUGCAAACUCUCAUGUUAACAUACAAAAGCUUUAUCGUCUGUUGUGGUUUUUUUAUUUUUUAGUUUUAAGUAUGAGAAAAGAAGGUCUAGGACUUCUGCCCCCCCCUCCCCCCCCAAAAAAAAAGGAAAUAAAAUAACAAAUUCAUUGCAAGUCCACGGUUGUGGAUAUUAAACUGUUAAAUGGUUUGCCAAGACCUGACAGCGUACAACUAAGAGCUGGUCUUGGCAGACAGCAGCUGUCCACAAAUUUGUGUCUGUGGCAUUACAGAUGUAAUUUGUGCUUUUUUAGCCAGUUUUCACUCUUAUUAUCCUUUUUAUCCAGGUCACUGUUUUCAGGAAUAUCAAAGCACUUUUUAUUAAGAGCACAUUGCAAAAACUUUUUUUAAAUGAAGUGUGUUGUAUGGUCUGUUAAUGUGAAUUCCAAAUGGCAGCAUAUGUUAACAAAUUUUUGAGACUGGUAGCAAAAUGUUAAAAAACCCAACUAAGAUUUCAAAAAUUUUCACAUUGCCAUGUUGAAGUUUAAAAAAAGCAGUUUAAUUUCACAGGCACAUAAUUGUGUGUAGAAGUCUAUGCAAAUAAUAUGGCCUUAUAAUGUCGUGAAAAUAAAAGAGAAUAAAU